AUGUACACCAGCAGUCAACGCGUCAUUCCGACCACAGUCAAAGGUUUCAGCCUGCUCAAACACCAUCAAGAUGGGAAUCUGUCAAGUCAGCCUAUAACCCAGAAGUCACUUACGUUGCUCUUGCAGAUCUCCCACGGGUUGAAAGGUCGCACCGCCAAAGACCUCAAUCAGGUCGACGAAAGAGCUCUCGCUUCUCUCUUCUUGGAAACCCCGUUUCUAACCUUCGUAUACCACAAUUUGCUGCACCCUGGCAACAUGAGCAAUCUAUCGGCCUUCCGGGUCAAGGACCCUCGACAAAGCAAGCAACUGCGACGAACGUUUGUCAAUGGGUUUUUGCAAUGGCUCCUGACUCUCGGUCUUGUGCUAUGUGAGUUCGCCGUUCUGUAUGGCUUCAGUCGUCAGCCAACUGUUUCUAAAGCUGAGAAGUACUCGUUCAACGCCGCCAUUACUUUACUCUCGCUGGCACUAAGCUUAGCUGUCGUUGCAGCCUUGAAAUCCUACUGCAAGUUAUUGAGUUGGAGGCUUCUUGCCUCCAAAUACCGAGACCUUCAAGAGUUUGAGCUCAUCAUGAACUGUGACUCGCAGUCAAAGGUAUUGAAGCUACUGUGGGCAAGUCGAACGUCCGGACGCUUUCGGCUAAGCAAAACCCAGAUUCUCUGUAUAGUCUCUUUCUUCGUCUUCAUUGGGCUUCAGAUCUGUAUCGGUCUUCUUGGGUUGACGUAUUCCAUCGACGCGUCUCAAAAUGUUGACCAUAUCUACGGCAACGUCUCAGUUGUCGAUCUCAGCAACAUUUACCAAGAUCCCAGUUAUAACACUGCGGGUUACGUCGACCGUACUGCCGCUGCUAAUUACUUCGGGCUUGUUGGCCAAAAUUACCCGAUUCAGUAUAACUGGCCAUUAGGGAAAGGCGACGAAGGCUUCGAAAACAUCUAUACUGCUGAUAAUUCGACCUUCUUCUAUAACUUCGUUGAUGCGGCUGUCGAUGUCAAUGCGAAUAAUCCUGUCUUCGAUACCUCACGACGUUGGAUAGCGGCGAAUGCGACCUGCGUGGAGCUCGAGAUUAUCAGUGGCGGCUAUAUCAAGACUGAUGGAAGUGAUCAAUGGUUGAGUUACAAAAAUGUGCUAGGCAAUAAUCAGACCAUCUACGUACAAAGUCAAACUACGUUGACGUCCACCUACAUGAGUAAUAGCUCCAAUUCUGGGUGUGGCGACCGCUGCACGAGUAUGUUAGUAUUGGACUCUGCAAGCUACGACAAUGACACACAAUCUGAGGCCGUACCUCACCUCCUCACUUGCAACACUACUAUUGAUGUUGUCCACAAUGCAAAUACCUGCACGCGCGCCAGAGAUUGUACACUCGAGGACGACUUGGCAAGAAUAAUUGCAGGCGGUAUCGGAUGGUCAGGCACUUGGUUCACGGAUGGCAACCCACUUCAAUACAGGACAUAUCCACCAGGUUCUCCUUACUCGUGGGAUGGAUAUGAGGCUUACCAGGACCCAAGUUUUCGUGCCUGGCAAGUAGCUACAUUUGCAAUCGAUGUCAUAGCAGCAAUGGACGACCUUGGGCCUAGGAAAGUUGUCGAAGGUCAGGCACCAAAAGCUGGUGUGGCUCUAGAAGUGGAGUGGAGAUAUACGAUUCCACUUCUGUGCGUGGUGCCCACUGUCCAAUUCAUUAUCCUUCUCAUCGUCUGCAUUUGGUCGAACGGAGCACUGAUCAAGGACGGGAGCUAUCUUGCUGCGGCGCAUCUUUUGCGGCCCGUGGUGGAGAAAUUAGAGGAUCACGGCUGCGCACUUACAGGAGACGAGAUCGCGAGAGAGUUGGACAAUUUCAAGAUCAUCUAUGGAGUGAAGGCUCCUCCGGGUAUAAGGCAUUUGUCUGCCUAUGCACCGACUGGUGGCUCGCAAGUUGACUGGCACGUCGGCGUCAUCGCCGAAAGUGAAGGUUAUGGUCAGCAGGCUGAAGAGGGUUGGAAACCUGCGGCGACAUUCCCUGAUGGUCGAUACGAUGGUACAGGGUACACGCUGACUUCCAAGACUACAGAUGACUCGAGUUUACAGGACGACUCCACAGACGAAAUUGACGAGGAUGCCUAUCUGUUGUCAACCUGA